AUGGCAACAGUUGACUCGUCGAUAUCCAUCGAGAAUGAACAGCAAGAAGAAAAGAAUUCAAUUUUAAUCGCUGAAUUUGCUCCACUCACUGUUGACGAUCAAAUUUCGCAUCCUGAACUGGAAUCAAAUAGAAAUGGCAUUGGACAGGAUGAUUUUUCUCAUAGUUCACUCAACACAACUCGGUCGCGACAUACUCCUGUCAUCCGUCCAUUCAUUGAUCCGGGGUUAGUUCAAAAACGAGCACAUCAGGCAAGUGAUUCUUGGCUUAAAGAAUAUGAUUCACCAUCAUCAGCACCACAAGGUGCAUAUUCAGCAGUAUCUCAAGCAGUGAAAAAGUUAUUACCAGAAAAAACAGCUUGUCGACUGGGUUGUCGAGGAGCAAAUUGUAAAUAUGAACGAUCAGAUUAUUGGCGGCCGGAACAGAUGGCUAUUCCUGGGAUUUUUUCUCAUUGGAUAACGGAGAGCAUUUUGGCUUGUUCUCGACCAACUACACGACAUGAGUCGUUGAAAAAAUUGUUCCAUGAUGCUGGCAUUCGUGCUAUAUUUAAUCUAGAAACACCAGAUGAACAUGUUUCUUGUGGUCAUGGAAAUCAUUCCUCAGGUUUCUCAUAUGAUCCAAGUGAAUUUAUGGAUGUAGGAAUUUUCGUUUAUAACUACGCAAUGGAAGAUUACGGAACAGUCAAAGUCGAAACUGUACUCGACAUUAUGAAAGUCAUGAGUUUCGCAAUGAAACAAGGCAAAAUAGCCGUGCAUUGUCAUGCGGGUCUUGGUCGUACUGGUUUUGUUAUUUGUUCGUAUCUUGUACAUGAAUACCGUAUGACUGCUCAUCAUUCUAUUCACUAUAUUCGUGCCAAACGACCUGGAAGUGUUCAGAUGACGAAACAAAUCGAAGCUGUAGAAGAAUAUGAACGAUUUAUCAUACCUAAGCGACGUGUUUUUACUGAUUAUGCUGAUGUGAAUACGCAACUUUCUCUCGAUGAACAUCUACGAAAUCAACAAGCGUUCGUUCAUGGUCGUGAUGCAUAUAUUUACAAAUACAUACCCAGGGUUGUGUUCGUUUGUGCAGCACGUUUGAUUGAAUUAUGUACGGGUUACAUGAUUGAUACAAUUCUGUUGACAAUCAACCGUCGUAGUAAAGCAAAACCUGUAUUUAUCCGCGAAAGUUUUCAAAGUUUUACGGAUGAAGAGAAGGCGACGUGGUUGGAUUUUGUCCCGUCGUUUUUCUAUGAACACGAACGCCUAUCUCAUGAGAAUUUUAGUCCAUACGAACAGAUAAUUAAUUGUCUGAUUAUGUCAAUAAACGAGGACUUUCUUACAUCUGAUCAACAAAUGAAAAUCUCAACGUGGAAACAGAAAAUUAAUAAAACAAAUAACGGCAUUGACGAGAUUUUUGGAGAAACUGACCCUUGUAUCAUCAGUGGACUCUUAUGGUCUUGGUUGAGGCUAUUAAAACAUCCGGUUAUAACCACUCAAGACUAUAAAUUAUUUACAAAAAGCGACGUGAAAGAACCUAUGACAAUCUUAUCAAAAUUGAAUAAAUUUCAAUGUGGCACUAUUGAACUCUUGAGCAAACUUUUUGCAUAUAUUCGUCAAUUCGCUAUUCAUCAUGAAGAUCGAUUAUUGGUUUAUUGCAUAAUACAUCUUCUUACACAUCGUUCAUUGAGCGACACGAGUGAACUGAAAAAGUUAACUGUUGAUAAUGAUAAACUGCGAUUAUUUCUCAUAUCCGAUCAAGCCAAUUAUGAAGAUAAAAAGGAACCUCAUGCUAUUGAACAUCUCGUUGGUAAUGCCAAUAUUACUCAUGAAUUUGUAGAGAAUUUCGCCGUAUUUUUUGUUGAAAUCGCGAAUAAUUUCGAACAAAAGUAA